AUGAAGUCUCCAAGGUUCCUUUAUCCUGCCUGGCGGUGCAUCGCUGCAGCGUACGCGGCGGGCCUCACUGCGGCGCACGCGGGGCAGAUAAAGAAAUUGGAUCAGGCAGGCGCGGUCGUUAAAUUCUGCGAUCCUGAGUACAUUAUCAAUUGCAAAGCUAUCACUAGACGAAGACGGAGACAGGAGCCGUAUUUGACGAACUUGACAGCCACCACACUGCAACCCUUUUACAACAAUGUUACGAUUGUAGUUUCAUUUAAUCCAGAAAAGUACGGUGAUAUGUUCACUUUAAAAAUAAAAAUGUGUGAUAUGAUCAAAGUAAAAUGGUUGGAGCAGUACCUGAGCAAAUACUCUGAUGUUCCCAUAACCUGUCCAGUACCUGCAGGUAGUUAUAAUAUAUUCAAUAUGGAGUUUCCCCCGAAGAACUUUCCCAUGCCGCUACCAAAUGAAGACAUAAAUUUGAGACUGCUCAUGGAGGUGACAGAAACUAAACACUUAAUAUCUCACUGUGAAAUAAAACUGCACUCGUGA